UUCUUACCCGUCUGGCCGCGAUAAUGGCGAUUCAGGCUGCUUCCAUCUUCACCGCCGUGACGGUUGUGCUUCCCGCCAAAAUCCCAUGGCGGAGCCGUCCUAUCCUGCGCACACCAAGCCUUAUCGUACGCACCCCUCAGUCCAUCACAGCUGCAAGGCGCUUCAUCUCAACACCUCUCGGAGCUGCACCUCCUCGUAAAUACGUUUAUCCCGAUCCAAUCCCUGAAUUCGCUGCUGCGGAGACGGAGAAGUUCAAAGCGGAGCUAUCCAAUAGACUGUUUAAGGAGAAUGAGACUUUUAGUUCUCGAAACGAGCUUGAUGCCGUUGUCAGUGUCUGUGCAGAGAUUUUUAGCGAAUUCUUGCGCGAUGAAUAUGGAGGCCCGGGGACAUUAUUAGUUGAGCCUUUCACUGAUAUGUUUGUUGCGCUCAAAGGAAGGAAACUCCCCGGAGCAUCCUUGGCUGCACGGGCAUCCCUAUUAUGGGCUCAAAAGUAUGUUGAUCAAGACUGGGAAAUUUGGAACUCAAAACAUCCAACAUAGCAAUGAUCACUUCUUGAUUGCAUUUAUGCAUCAACUUACUAUCAACACUGAUCUUCAUUUUAUGUAUUAUUACUCAAACAUCACCCGGAUGGAUCUCGAGCUGCACGGUUGCAUUCAGCAUCAGAAAUUCAGAACUAAUUUCUUGUUCUUCAUCAGCUCACAGAUUCUGAAAUGCUCUGCAACG